AUGCACAGGACCGCUCUGCGGGGACUCUACGGUGGCAACAACUAUCACAAAUCGAAGAGCCAAGCGGUGAUUUCUCCUGUUGUCGACGAUAUGGAUACUUGUGAAGAUGGAGAUCUGUCCAGGGGCGAGGAAGGUAACGGGUUCGGCGUCCGAUCCAACACCUCAUUGCGUCGCAGCUCGAACAAUGCGAUGGACACUGCGGCCAACAUGCACGGAGCCGCGGUGGCGUUGAAGAUCCACGAUGUCCCCGAAGAUGCAGAGUACCCACUGCAACGCAAGAGUGCUACCCUCACUACUGACGCUGGAAUGCUCAGUCGACUUGGUGUGGGACAGUUCUUCGGAGAUAGAAGCUCGAACCAGGAUCAGGAGUCUUUUGCUGGAGCUCCGAUAGGCCAGAAGUACACGGUUCUCGGCCAGAAGCAACAGUGGAGAAAGAAUCGCGCUAGCCGAUCGCGGCAGCUUCACACGAUUUCGCCGGUCGAUGAUGAUAAUCGAGCGGUGCGUGUUGAAGGUGACACGUACAGCUCCGGACGCGGCAGUACCAUCCCGAGCUCGACCUCGUCGUACUCUGAAGGCCGUUCCUCACGGGCACCGUCAUCGGCCGAGUCGUUCAGUGAGGGAACUUCGUCCCUGCAGUCCAACAGCUCAGGACGAGACAAUGAAUAUUCGCACGGUCGGUCUCAGUGCGAAGGCUCCAGUGCAGAAGAUAAUCAACGAUUCGUAGUGACCAAGCAGAGGAAGUCGAAGUACGCCGCCAAGCUUCAUCUAAACGGCCAGAAACCUCUGUACCUCGGAAGAUACAAGAAUGAAGAGGCUGCUCUUGCUGCAUGUGAGAGCGCCUACAGCGUCAUCUCCACGCCGCGCAAGUGA